GCGGGUUCAUUCAUAAGGAGCGGGGGCGCUCGGCGGGGCGGCCCCGCGGGGAGGCCGCUGGUCCCGCGGUGGGGGGGGGCAGGAGCCAUCGGCCGAAACCCUGUUCCCCACAGCGGGCAGCCUUGGCUUACGGGCUGGCUUAAGGAGGGGUCGGGAAUAAAAGGCAGGUUUCCCCUGGUGAUGAAGAGGAGCGGGAUGCGCUGGUGGCUUGUCACCGUCCUGGGGGUGCUGAGCGGACCCGACGCGGGAGCCGGGAGCUGCCGUCCCCGGGAGCAUGGGGCACCGGGGUGCCCACCCGGAGAGGAGCCCACUGGGGCAUGCGGCUCGGCACAGGAUCCGGCGGGGACGUGCCGAGCUUGUCCCCCCGGCACCUUCUCACCGGGGGACGUAUCCUGCUCCGCUCACACCCGCUGCCACGCCAGGAACAGGAUCCUGGUGGCACCGGGGACGGCAGCGACCAACAGCCGCUGCGGAGCCUGCCUGCCGGGGUUUUACAGCCCUGAAGGGGAGAGGGAGCCCCGGGGCCGGUGCCUGCCCUGCACCGCCGCUCCCCGCAGCACCCCGGGGUGCCCAGGUCGGCGGCGAGCCCGUAGCCCCAAAACACCGGGCCGGUUGGCGGGGACCAACGGGACGCGAGUGACCCUGAUGGGUGAGGAAGAGGAGGAGGCGGCAGCGGCGCAGGCGGCCGUGCUGACCAUCGUCCCGGUCUUCUGCGCCAUGGGGUUGUUGGGCAUCCUGGUCUGCAACCUGCUGAAGAAGAAGGGUUACCACUGCACCACCAGCAAGGACCCCCAGCCCGGCAGCGCCGGUCCCAGCUCCAUCUACCAGCUGGAGGACGCCAAUGAGGACACCAUUGGGGUGCUGGUGCGGUUGAUCACCGAGAAGAAAGAAAACGCCGCGGCGCUGGAGGAGCUGCUGAAGGAGCAUCAUGGCCAACAGCCAAUGCCACCACCGGGCCCAAAUAAACUGCACCUCCUGCCUCAGUUUCCCCCCACCUGCCGACACCAGCAACACCUCCACACGGUGCAGGGUCCGGCCCCGUGCGCCCGCUGCAGCCAGAAGAAGUGGCCUGAGGUGCUGCCACCGCUCAGUGCCACCAAGGUCCCCAAGCCCGGGGUUCGUCCCAGUGAGGUCACCAUCCUCUCUGUCGGCAGGUUUCGGGUGUCCCGGAUCCCCGAGAUGAGGAGCGAGGUGGGGGGUGAACCCCCCCGUGGUGCCAUCCCCGCUGGCAGCGGGAUGCAGCCCCCGUGGUUGAAAAACAUCGACAGCCCCCCCAAGCUGGCACCUGGCCUGGGGGCUGCCUUGGGGGGACGGUGACACCCCCAAAGGCCCCAUGGAGGGGACGGCGGAUGCUGGGGACCACGUGAAAGCCAGUCCCACUUGGUGCCAUGAAGCACCGGAGGUGGCAGCUUGGCCCCUGCUCCUGCCACCAAGGUGUCCACCGGCAGCACGGCAAAUCCAGCGUCUUGCCCAGCUGGUGAGAAGGAUUCCCUGUCCCUGAGGUCUGGUGGUGGCCUGAUGGAGAGCAUCUUCAGGAGCCGUGACGCUGGUGGUGGCAGCCGCAAUGUGGCGGCCCGAUGGAGAUCAUCUCCGGGAGCCGCAAUGCCAGAGCACAGCUCCGUCGGAGGCACCACGCAAUGGAGAACGUUGCAUGGCCAGGAUGCCAUUCGAUGGUCACCUUCUGGGUCCGUUGAACUGAAGCCUCUCCAGGAAUGUCAUGAGCUCUUGAUGUUCCUCCACCACCAGGUGCCAGCGCUCAACAUCGCAGGCUACGAUGGUCCCUGGAUCACGGGACAACUCCUACCUUACCAACAAGCCAAGUGGGGCAUGGGUUGCUCUGGCCAAGGCUGGUCUCCUGCAUCCACAGCUCCUCCUCUAUCCAAGGUCUCGGUCAGCCCAGGAGAACGUGGUGGUGAUGCUCUGCUCACCAUAAAGCUCACACACUCCGCCUUCCAUAGGUGCUGUUUCUAUAGGACCACGUUAGCUUGGCCAUGUCAGGGUCAGCGGGACAACCCACCCAAGGUUGGGUUGGAGACCCUCAAGCUCUACCACCGACCUAGAAAUGGGUUUAUAGCUGGUCCCGUUCACUUCUCCACCACAUCACCGCGCUGAAAAACCAACCACCAAACCCUCUCGGGCUCUUUUAUUUAUUUUUUUUUUGGAAACAUUUUAAUAGUUAUCGAAUGUUCUACAUCUUACAGUAAAUAUCGUACAGUUACAAA